CAAAUUCUCGUGAACACUCGUAAACAAGCUCGAUUUAUAUUGAACAACAAGAUGGCGACCUUCCGUCGAGGAGCAAGUCUAGCGAAGCCGGUCUUAUUUCUAUAUUUCUUGAUCAAUGUUCUUUUUGGUGAGUAGAAAAUAAUGUACGAUGACAUAGUUAUUUAACAGUGUUUGAUUUCAAUCACAUUUGGCCUUCCUUUCACAAUUAUUUAACGUAAAAAUCCUGACGUAUUAAAGUAGCUUAUAAAUUUUAUGUAUUGCAAAUGUGCAAACCUCAAAUGUUUAGUGUUUUGUGAAAGGCAUGACUGUGUUGUUCUAUAUUAUUUAUUCUAGGGUAAUAUUGCAUUAUUUCUUGCACGGCAUACAUGUAUGACAAAAUAACUUCAUUCAGUAUACGGUAGUCAUGUCACGUGAUGACGUUGAUGAUUGGUGUACAUGAUGAUCAAUUUCACUGAUCGAUAGAUAUAAUUAUUAGUGAUCAUUUGUGAUUGUGGUAAUGUUAAUUGUCAAGUGCUGCAAGUGAAGUGACCCACAUCAGACCACUUUUAAUUAGACUCUUAUAAUAGUUUCUUUUCCUCUGCCCCUUGUCUUUUUUAGUAUUUUUACAUUAUUUGACUUUGACAAAGUAGCUUUUAGCAUUUGUUUUGUAAUAACUUUUGGCAGAUACAUACAAGAAAUGCUUUUUGACUUGUUGCAUACCCUGUAAAAGUGUUGUGAACAUUAAAAUUCUGACUUCUGUUGAUCACGUUCUCACUCAUUUAAAUGGUAUGAUUUAAACAAAGAUGUGAAUUAUAGUGGAAGUUGCAAGAAAAUUAUUUUGCAAUGGACUAUCGUGAAUUCCGAUGAUGGCAGAAUGAGGGCCAUUUUGUGUAUCUUCAAUAGUACAUAAUGAAAAUGGGCCACUUGCCUGCAUGCAUUUAUGAAAAGAAGCCAGGCAGGAAAGUAAGAUCUCAUUUGGAGUAGCCUUAAGUGUUUUAUCUGAGAAAGUGUUCAAUCAGUCCAUCUCACAAAAUCAACCACUCAUUUGUUCCACAGAGAAAAUGUGAACCAUUCUCCUGUUUAGCCCGAGUUUAAAAAUUCUGUCCAUGGGAUUAUUGAGGAGAGAAUUUUAAUAUCCCUAGAAUGCACCUCAUAGCCAAAUCUCAUUUCCAAACCUUCACCAUCCCCCCCCCCCCCCCCAGAUCUCUACUUUUCAUUGUCUUGAAUAUCUAUUUUUUCAUAUUGUGAACUGGGAACUGUUUUGCACCCCUGCCCAUAGUUUUACAGUUUUUUAUAGCCUGCAAUCAUGUCAAAAUUGCCCAAAUCUGUGAUCAUGUCAAAAAGCUGCCCAAAUCUGCAGUUCUUGAAAAUGCAGAUUACCCAAGACAGCCAAUCCUUUGAAUUACAGUAUAUACUGUAAAUUAAAGUUUGCUUGUCACCAUGUACAGUACCUGUAGAAUGCUGGAAAAAUUGACUCAUUGAUAGUUACUGUAUGUCACAACACUAAUAUUCAAAAUAAUUAAUGUUUGUAUAGAAGUGCCAAAAUUGUGAUUCAAAUUUAAUUUAACAUGCAAACUUAUAUAGAAAUGAGAUAUUAGUAUGUUUCAACAAGAGUUAUGGGCAGCAGAAGGUGAAAAACUGCAGAAAUAUAGGAGAGACAAAAUUUAACAGACCACAUGUUUAGUUCAGUUUAAUGUGUUGACUAUGAAAACAUAAUUAUGACUAGCACAAUAGAAUAUUAAAUACAACGUAUGUGGCAGGAGUUAUGAAGAGAACUUGAAUCCCAAUUGUGACCUAACCACUUUACAUGACAUGUCAUAAAAUAUUACAACUUGGACUAGAAAAAAGAAAGAUACUAUACAGUAUAAAUGGCUAAUACACAGGAAGUGGUGCAUAACUACUGUACUUGGAGGACUAGAAGAUAAUCUCUUAGUUGAGUACAUUACGUAAAUGGAAGACUUGAAUGUUGGCAGUGAAUCAUACAAUUUUAUGUAUGAUGGUAAAGUUUUCCAGUGUCAGUUCAGUCAUUCUAAUAAAAUAGGAUUUCCUAUAAUAAUCCUGAUUUUGUUUUAAUAUUAGAUUUAUUAUUUAAUAUAAUUAUUGAUGUCAUAAUUACAGGUUUGAUAAUUGAUAUUGAGGCUCAAACUUUUUUUAAUUAUGCCAGUAGUGUGUAUUCUGUUGGAGUAACUGUGCACAGAUAAUUAUUUAAAGUUUGUGACCUGGAAACUGGUGGUUGUACAGUAGUUCCCUCCUAGGGAGUGAAACUGCUGUACAUACUUUCGGCUAAGAUAGUAAUAAAGGCAUAUUUUAACAUACAUACCGGGGGUCCAUUUGGCCUCACUAGUUGGUGGUCAGACUGGGCUCUAACCUUAACCUGAGUGACCUAAAUCAUGACCCCCCUCCAGUAAAAUGUUUAAAAUAUGCACUGUCUGAGAGUGAAACUGUGACACUGUCAGACACUAGGGGGUGUGGUGGGGCCAACUGCCUCCCUCAGUAAUUUAUGAAAGCCUUUCAAUGGCAGCUGCACAACUAUGUAACAAGUUGUAAACAAUAAUUUUACAACCAAGAAAGCAUUGAUAGGCUAUAAAUUAAGCAAAUUUGCAUGGAAAAUGGGUUGUCAAGUGAACCUAAAUCCCUAAUAUUUUGUGAAGUGUCUGCAACUUCAACUUCAACUACUGUACAUUACAACUAGAUUUUAAAUAAUCUAAAUCUUAUUUACAAGUAAUUAGGGCUCAGGAAUUCAGGUUAGACCAGCAGUUUUGACUGAUUGGAUUCACUGGAUAUUAUUAUUAAAUAAAUACAGCAGAUAAAUAUCCAGAAUAUAUUUUUUCAUUCAUUCAUAUACAAACAUUUCAGAUAAGAAAAAUUACUGUACAGCGCAUUUCAAGCAAAAAGAGGUGGCAAGAACAGUUUUAAUUGCUUUGUAACCCACAAGCAUUUUACAAGAAGUUAAAUUGCAGUUUUGAUGUACAGUAUUUAGGCAUGCACCGGAUAUUAUUUAGGGAUGCACCAUAUUUAGGGAUGUAGAGUAUUUAGGGAUGCACCAUAUUUAGGGAUGUAGAGUAUUUAGGGAUGCACCAUAUUUAGGGAUGUAGAGUAUUUAGGGAUGUACCAGAUAAUGAGAUAAUUAUGAGAUAGUGAGAUGAAACAUCCAGCCAGAAAAUGGAUAUUGUUUUUUAAGGUGCAGGCCAUCAGUUUAAGAAUGAUGUAAUAUCAAUAGUUUUUAUUUUUACAGCUGUCACAGCAUUAGAUUCAUUGGUUCAUCAUUGGAAUGAUCCAUCACAGGUAAGCAGAUAUUUGUUAUAUGCAAAUGUUAUAUUAAUACAACCUUUAUAUUAAAUUGUAAUGUAUUGGAUUAAGGUUAACUAACCCUACCUAUUGACCAAUAGGCAAUUCCAGCUAUAGACUAAAUUUUGAUCUCGGCAAGAAGAACAAAAUCCAUCACUACAGCUAGAAAGAGCAUGUUAGGAUUAGUAAAAUUGCAAAGUUUGGCCGCGAAAUGUUGUAAAAUGCGGAAAAUAUAGCCUUGCGAAAUUUGCAAAUUUUGUAUUAAAUUGUAUUACGCGCGGGAAAAUGCACCACAUUUGGGCCGAAAGAGGCGUAUUUUCCCGUGCGUAAUACAAAUUAAACAAAAUUUGCAAAUUUCGCAGGGCUAUAUUUUCCUCGUUUUACAACAUUUCGCAACCAAACUUUGCAAUUUUACUAAUUUUAACAUGUCCUUUCUAGCUGUGGUGAUGGAUUUUGUUCUUCUUGCCUAGAUCAAAAUUUAGUCUAUAUCUGGAAUCAUCCAUUGAAGAUCUCCUAAUAUGAGGGUUGUAUGGGACAUUGUCUAACUCAGUGUAUUACUUCCAGCUUAUUACCAUGUGAAACUACAUGUUAUGGAUUAGGAAAUAGUAUCAUGAUUAUCAGGAUUUUUAUUCCUGCUGGUCAGUAUGUUAAAUACCAUUCAACAACAGAGUCAUCAGAUUUAUGAAAUUCUGAAAUGCACAUACUCCAAAAUGCAGCUAUUUUGAGAGUACAAGAUGAGAAUAAAGCAAAAUUUAAUUUGACUUUAUUUUAAAAUGGUUGUUACAUAAAACGGAAUGAAGUCGUGUUCACGGAUGAAAAUAUACAUUUGAGUAUAAUAGUUAAAAAUUAGGCAAAUAUAUAUAUGAAAAACAUGUGACAUUCUUUGAACCAGUAUAUUAAAAAAAGAAAAAACGUCAUUUUUGCCUAAAACCCGUAACACCCGCAGAUUUUCCGCAAACCACGUCACAAAAUUGGCUGACCUCAUAUUUAUCUAUUCCGCCCAAAAUACAGCAUAACUACUCGGUCUCGGAUUUCAAUGGCCUGUGUGCAAAUGCUCUGCAAUAUUAUUAUUGAUUUUUUGAGCCAAUUAACAACGAGGACCGGUGCGCAAGCACCGGCGAAAUUUAAGCACUCACCACUUUUGAGAACACAGACGCCACGCGUACAUAAUUCACUCAUUUAUAAUUUGACCUCAGCAGUUCUUAUUUUCAUUUCAGCAACUUUGACGGCUCUAUUGACGAGAACGUUGCAUGCAUGCUUACGCUUUCUACGAAAAAGAUCGGCCACCAAUUCGCACAUGCUUACAGUGGAAAUGGCCCCCAAAAAUGCAUGCAAUCCCAGAAGGGGAACAUAGCGCCGCAGACAUCUGCACGGACGCACGUGACGCAAAAAACAUAAUAAUUCAUACACGUUAAUGUAAGGACGUGUUUACUGUGCAGGAACGGAAUGAAUGAUACACAAAACAAGUCACGGUGCAUGAUUUAGAAACUGAUUUUCCCAAUACUAUAGGCAGUAUAUACAUUGAACGUGCGGCCCUGUGAUUCCGGUGCAACGCUCUAACCAACUGAGCUACAGGGGCCAGAUGUCGAGCUCUAACCACAAGUUCAUGUAUGUAGACCAGCAGAGAUAAUGGUACAGUAGAUGCAUGCUCUCUCUGAGUUCCCUCUAGUUUGAAUUCCGUAACAUACUAUAUAUCAUGUAUCAUACGACAUAUCAUACUACCAAUCACAAUGUUUAUAGAAAGCUGUGGAUUGAUACAACAACCUGAAAAAUACAAGAAGAACUUGGAUGUUUCGAGCGAUGGUCUUUCAUCGGGAAGUAAACGGCUACUAACUUCCUAAGAAGGGCCUUCGCUCGAGACGUUGAAGUUCUCCUUGUAUUUUUCAGGAUGUUGAAUUCCUAUCUAUCCGCAGCCUUAUUAUUAUUGGCACUACCUACACUGGCACAGACUAUUCAAGAUUCUAUCGCGAUGUUUAUAGGUUGCUGAUGUUGAGACUGGUAGUUUGAGUUUUACCAAUGUUCCAAGUUCUGUUUCACUACGGUCAUCUGCUGGAAAUAUCAAAUUACAAGAUAUUCCCCAAGUUAUUUCAUUGGCAUUGGGUUUCUCCUCUCUCCAGGUAAACCAUUAGUUCUCACAGAUGGUAAUGUGAGGUUGUAGGAUAACAGAAACAUAAGUAAUAAAUUGUAAUGAAAUAUUUGCUUUUGUUUUGUGGAAAUCACCACGUCUACUGCAUACUGUAUUUAUUGCAACUCAAAAUAAUGCUUCAUUAUACACCUGUCACGUUUUUUUCACCGGCAAACGCGAUUUCUGAUCGGUCAACUGCAACAUAGGAAGUGAUGCGUUGUCGCUUGAUCUUCGAGGAAGCAUUCUUGGCGAAGUCGUUUUGGCAAGAUUAAAACACGAAAAGUGAUACCAAGAAACCUCUUACAAAUCGACGUUAUAUUUAACGAGUCCACAACACGCCAAAGAGCCAAAACCCGAUCGGUCACUUUUACCGACGCCGAACAAAUUUGAUCGGUUAUAUUAAAUUUGAUUGGCCGUUACUAUAGCGAGGUUCAGAUUGACUUCCACUAUCGCUACCUCUCACUUACUUAGUACGCGUCUGUUCGGUUAAUCAGAUAUAUCAGACGCAUCUGAUUGGUUAAUAGUCCCUCGUAGCGGUAGUGGAAGUCAACUAUGAACCUCCCUAUUGUGACCCCUGUUGCAACCAUAAGCCCAGAUGUUCAUAUUAUUCCAUGCAAACAUACAAAGAACUUUCAUCAAGUCUCCAAAUCUUCAAUUCUGUUAACGGUGAUCAUAUUUAUCAGUCUUGUAUACCAGAUGAUAGAAUUACAAUCGUUGGGAUCCUGGGUUAAGGUGUCGUGUACGAUUCUUAUUCUGGCGUAUGUCAGCAGUAAUUUUCAUACGCCAGAAUGACAAUCGUAUACGACAUAUCGCAGUGUGUAAACAUAUCUUUACUAUCGUUAGUUCAUGGGGAUCAUAAUUUCAAAAGAUUUCAACAUCUAUGUUUUCAUGCAUAACAAUUCGAUUUUAAUUUUAUUUCUGUCUUUAGAAUGUAGACUGGGAUGGACUAUCGGCAGGAAAUAUUUUCAAUCGUCCCAAAGCCAACGUAUUAUUUAUUAUUGAUGGAGUCAGCAAAGGUAAGCACUAGAUCACUGGUUUAGGCAUGGAAAGUCAAAAUUCGUACAAGUAUCGCUCAUGAGUUACAAAUAGUGACUUUGCUCUCAAUGGGCCAUUUAAAAAAUCGAGAGAUUUCGCGUGGCCCUGGCAAAAUGUUCCAUGGGUACCUUAGGAGCAUUUUUUUUUUAAAUUUUCUUUGGGUACUUUAAAACGGCAGAAACAGUAUACAUUUGAGAUGGCCUCUUCGUGAACCCCAACUUGAGAAACCUGUAUCAAUUUGAAGCCCUAAGGCACGUUGCUCCCCCUCUCUAAAUGGCCCUGCAGCUCCCAAACAUAAGUACAGGAAUUAACAGUAUAACGUUAUCAUCAUUUAUAUGAUUCAUUUAUAUUUUUCUUUUUAGGAAAUACAGUUUCAUUUUCUGGAAAGUCACCAACAUACACCAUUAUCAAGGUAGCUCUUAUUUUAUAAUUUAUAAUAAGGGGUGCGGGUAGAUUUAUUCCGCACAUAUGACGUGCUUCUCAGCCUCUUCCCUCCUACUGCACUCUGUGUCGCAGUUUUAAGCCUGCUUCACACUAGCAAUUUUGUCAACGAUUUUUCUGCUCCUGACGGAUGUGAUUAAAUGGGUGACAUGCUUAGAAGACUUAGAAAUGUAUACUGAAUGAGAAGACAUUUCUAAGUGAGAAGACUUACAAAUGUAUACUUCCAGAAGGUUCUAUACUUUUGUAUGAGAGUUCACUCAUUUGCAUCUGUCAGGGAGAGAAAAUCGCCGACAAAAUCCCUAGUAUGAACCAGGCGUAACACUUGCUGUAUAGGUAUAGGUUUCAUUGAGCACUAUACCGUUCAUCAAUCGGAAGUAAUCAAAGUGGGAAAAUGAAUAUAUGGAGGUUAUACAAUUAGUGACAACUAAUGUUUACUUAUUCCUAUACGCGCCUAAAACUCUGAUAUUCUGCUGUCCCGUAAGCCUUAGUGAAAGCCAUCAAUCAGUGUAGCUCCGCUGCCAUUUCUGAACAUCAUAGGGUCACUUUCUUUCAAUGAUACACGUAUAAUGUACUCUCUUUCUAGAACAAAGCUGAGUCUAAUCUUGAUAUAUUCCUGAUAUCUCCCAUACAUAACUUUGUGAGUCAUAUAUCACAUGUGUUGAAAGAUAAACCGCUGGUUAUCUCGUUUUCUGCACAAAAUCAGGUACAGUUACUCUCUCGCGCUAUUUCUUAGUUCGUUGGGACACCUCGUAAUAUUGGACCACCGUGUACUCAUUAUAUGAGAGAUCAUCCAACCCAGGAAACAUUGCCUAAUUGGAAAAUUGGAAAUUUUACACUGACCAUGAAAUUCAUGCAACAAUUCUGUGUUGUAGGUAAAACUGGAUAUUGGCUGUUGCUCAUGCAUCAACGCAUCCCUAUUUUACUAUCAGUGAUUCUAAUCUUAGUUUCCUUUCUAUUUAGUUUGCAAAGGCCGCCUCCACAUUAGGAAGAAAUGCCCAUACUGUAUCUUGGGAUGCUAAAGUAUGUCCGCUUUGACUUUAAAACAGUCUUUAUACGUCUUCUUUAUCUAUAGGCGUAAUUCAAAUCUUGUCCCCUGAUCAGAACCCUGAUCCUCGAUAGCACUAUCUACCGGACUGAUUUUUCAACCGUUUUAAAAAUGCUUGAAAAGUGAUAGAACUAUGAAUAUGGAUCCCACACUUAAUAAAAGGAAACUUUAACAUUUAUAUAUACUAACGUACCACUCUCCGCCCUUCGUACAACCGGCGACAUGGCUAUAUGAUUUUAGAUUAAUCAUGAUUGUCUAUGGUUUAUUGCAAAAUAUUUGUUGUAGGAAGGAGCGUUUAAAGAUGAAGCUGAUUCAAAUACAAUGCAACUUUCUAAAGACGAGGUAUGUACUUUAUACGUACUGUAUGCUCUUUGAUUUGAUCUUCCAUAUAAUAUUUGGUUUAGGAAAUCGUGGUGCUGGUACCCAUGCCAUGUGCUUUUUACAUCCAAUCGUCUUUUUCUAUUUUUUGAAGCUUUUGAAGAUGUUUGAGACUGCAGAUUUCGGCGAAGGUAUGUGAAAUGCGAUUGAUGAUUUUCCGACUGUACAAAAUGGUGACCAAUUAUCGUUAUAGACCUGUAAAUUUUUGCUCAAGUUCCAUGAUAAUCUCCCGGCUUUCCUAAAAAGAUAUGAAAAAUAAAUAUUUAACAUUUAUUGACUAGAUCCGAGGGACCCGAGACUGCCAACGUUUCCAUAAUUUUUGCUUUAUAACUCGACGAUUUUAUUAUUCACUGGGGAAUAAAAGUAAUGUCCACCGCUCAGAGCUGUUGCAUGCCAUGAGACUUUCGUGACUUUCACGUGAUACGCUCUGGUCCAGUGAGAUGCAAGAAAACAUGAACUUUGAUACUUGAUGUAUAAUAAAUUAAUAUGCGUGCAUACAUGGUGUUUUCCACAAACCAAAACAAAUAGAUGUAGUUCAAUAGUGACCUCAUUGUAGUAUGAUCUUAUAUUUCAGGUGUAAAAUACUCAAAGAAAGAGCACACGUUCGUCGUCUCUGGAAUGGAAGAUGUGCCAUUUGAUAUGAAUAAGAUGGUGGGUCCCUUAACCAGCUAGCUUUUUGUAUUGAAUUGUGUUGUAUAGUUCUGAACUGUGCUGUUUUGUGUUGGGCGGAAGUGGUCGAGCAAUCGGACGCGGACCAAGACACGGAGAACGUUAGGGGUCCGGAAUUACUGGAAGGAGGAUGAUCGCCAAUUUGUUAGCGAUAGAAAAAUGUAGUUUAAAUUAUAGUUGACGUUAUGUUUAAAUAUUAUAGUUGACAUUUUUGCUCUCUCCUCAGCAGAGGUUAUUAAUUGUUUUUCGCGAUCGCGUCCGCUUUAUUUUUGUCUUGCACCAUAUCCCGAUUAACUCCGAGAGCUGUCCGAAGAUGUCCGAAGAACAACUUUAAAAUCACCUCUGCAGAGGAGAGAGCUGUGGUACUACAACUUUUUUGUAUACUUUUGUAUUUUACAUACUAUUUCAAGUAAAGAACUGGGCUCGGUUGUACGAAGGCCAGAUAGCGCUAUCCACAGGAUAGUGAUUUUUUAAAUGUUGUAAAAGUUAUAAAACUUCGGAUAUAGACCUCCAUUUAUAAAAAGAGACUUUAAGCUCCCUACAGUUGUAAAGAAACAGCAGCGAAAAAUAAGGUCUUCACAAUGACGCAAAAUAUUAUAUAAAUAUCUGAGUUAUCAACGGUCAGUUUUAGAAAGCUUAAAAAAUUAUUAUCCAGCCUUCGUAUAACCGGCCGCUGAACCGGAGUAAGCCCAAAAAGCUACCAUUCUGCCCCUGGUUUUAACUAUACCACAAUCCACUGCACUGGACUGCUGUCCUGGUUCCAGGCGUUACUGUACUGCACCGUACAAAACUACACUUUGGUUAUCUGAAUUUUUAAUUUUAUAGGACGAUUUUCUUUUCUUCGCCGAAAUUCAAACAUUAUUUUAUCUGUACGAGAAGGUAAUGUUAUAUACACAAACAAUUGCAAGCCUCUUAAACUACAUACUCGAACAAUCAUCUUGAUCAUUGAAUGAUCAAUUUACGAGAAUCCUGUAUUCGAGAUAUUCGCAAAAUAUUUUCGUCUAAUUUAAAGUAAUUUUAUUUUAUAGGUUAAGAAUCUGGAAAGUUUGGUUCAUGAUGACUACGCCGAUUUCUUUACUUUUGGGAUUUCUACCGUGAAGGUACAGUUGUCUGACACUUAGGCCCGUU